AAAAAAAUCGAUUCAAGAAUUUGGCAUGCAUGGCAUGGUUUGCCGAUUGCCGGCUGUUAGUUACUUACCGUGUCAAUUUUCAGCGAUAAAAAGAAAGUUUUUAGUAAAUUAAUUAUGUAUCAAAGAAUUCAAUAAUUAAAAUCAGUUGAUUUAGCUAUUGAAAAGUGGUUUAUUGUUAUUCAACGUCUGACGAUUAUAGUUGUCAUACAAGAUGUGUCAGUUGAUGUUUUACAUCGUUGUUUCUAUAUUUUCUGUUUUAAAAACUGCGACUGGCUUAGGUGAAAUAAUUUACGCAAUCAACGCAGGUGGUCCGUCUCAUACGGACAUCUAUGGCAUACACUAUGAAAAGGACCCUCUACAAGGAAGAAUAGGCACGGCUUCGGACUAUGGUAAACAACUGGUUAUGAUCGGUAGAGUUAACACAAAAGACGAAAUAUUGUAUCAAACUGAGCGAUAUCACCACAGCACGUUUGGCUAUGAUAUUCCUGCAAACAGAGACGGCGACUAUGUGCUUGUGCUUAAGUUCAGUGAAGUGUACUUCAAUGCCCCUAACAUGAAAGUGUUUGACGUGGUUUUAAACGGAGAUCAUACUAUUGUAGCUGACUUGGAUAUAUUUGAUAAAGUAGGUCGUGGUGUCGCGCAUGACGAGUAUAUCCCAUACUCAAUUAAAAAUGGUAAAUUGUAUUACAAUGAGGAAGAGUCUGACAUAAGAGGUGGAAAGAUAAAGGUAGAAUUCAUUAAGGGAUACAGAGAUAAUCCCAAAAUCAAUGCAUUGUAUGUGAUGAGAGGCACAAUUGAUGAAGUGCCUAAACUGCCCCCAUUGGUGUGGCCAGAAAAUGAAACGGAAGAACCGAGAGAUGAAGUCGAAGAGAAGAGUUCUAAGUCAAGGCGAGCCAGUGGCCCUAAACAACCUGAUCCAUACUCUAUGGACGAGAGUUCAGUGCUGAUCCCAGUUUUUAUAACUAUAGGUGCUUUUAUUCCACUUUUGUUCUGCCUCUGUAAACUAUAAUCUGUGUGAUUAUACUUAAAAAUAUAAUUUUGGUGUGAUUGUAUGCUGUUUAGUAUAUGUUUAUUUAUUGUGGGUAUAUUUCAUUUCAAUAAAUCAUAUUGACAUUAUUUUAAAGCACUCAAUAUCAAAGCUCAACGGUGAUAGUACAAAGCCAACAAAUGCAAAAUGACUAGUGCCCGUCCCAUGUUGAAAUAUAAUUAAAAUUCUACACUAUGUGCACAUGUUAUGUGCUGGUCAUAAUUAUGCACUUUAUGUAAAUAAAGAGAUCUUGAGUUUAUUUUGCAA